GCAAGGGACCCACACACACCGGCGCUCCUCCAGUCGAGGGCUCACAUCAUCUCGACGCAUCGUAGUGAAGCACGAGUCACCAUGAUGUCUGUCCGACACGUCGUGGUUGUGUGGUGUCUGGCGUGGGCCGCAGCCUCCGCCACAGAUGAAGCAACUGUUGAAGAAAUGCGGUCAUCGUUGGUGGUGUCGCAGUUGGUCUUGUCCCACCAAUCAGAAGUGCUGCAGAUGCUGGUUAAUGCCACGGGAACAACGCUCCGCCUCUUAAUGAAAGAGAUAUCGUGUCCACCGCCUUACACCAGAGUGCUGGACGAGUGCUUCUUCGUCAGCAAGAAAAAGCUGAGCCACAGUGAUGCUCGUACACACUGUCAGGGGAUGAGGGGCGACCUGGCCACCCCCAGGAACCCCUACGCCCUGGUCUCUUAUGUGUACGACAGAGGAGUAACAUUCGCCUGGCUUGGAGCAACAGACGCAAAUUCCGCGGAGUGGCGUUGGUUUGACGGCCGGCUCAUCUCGGCGGACUUGUGGAUGCGAAAACCCGAUAUGACUGAACCCAGCGGAAAGGACGAUCAAGGGAAGGCUGAAGACUGCUGUGAGAUGUGGGCAGACUAUCAUCCUCCUCUUAACGACGCGGUGUGCAACGACCUAAAGAUAUUUGUGUGUCAGUUUAAUCAAGUGAAAUAAUGGUCAUUUGUGUGACUAGUUCUGUUAUUUUUUUGUAGUCCCAAAAUUGGCUUAAAAAUUGGUUCAGAGUUUAGAAUGUAAACAUUUCUAUUUUGUUUCCAAUCAAUAUUAUGUUUAGAGUUAGAGAAUAACAACGUAGAGCCCUUUAUUUGGGCGUCUACGACUGUGCCGAAACUAGUAACACACUUCCCUGUAUAUCUGGUAUAUAUAUCUGGUAUAUAUAUAUAUA